AACCCGUAAGUUAUAUCAUAAUUAUCCAUUUCUUUGUUUGUUUCUUCACCUUUCUCUUCGUUUUCUUAUUCGUUGAAAUUCUAUAAGUAAUGCACCCAUUGUUCUGUGCUUUGUUGAAUAUAUUUGUUAUGGUCCAAGUUUUCCUAAGGUCACAUCUGUUCAUCAUGGGCCUCGUGGGCCUCGUGGGCCUCGUGACCUCAUGAUAUAGGUGAAAGGGGGUCACAUUUGGACUAUUCCCUCGUUCAGCCACCCAUUCAUUAUCAGUUGGCUCUUGAUAGAGAAGAGGAGUGAGAUCAUUCAGAGCUUCCCAGAACAGAUUCAGAAACUUUGGUACGAAUGGGAGCUCCAAAUGAUGAUUAUACUCAGCCUUUUCUUUCAAAUCCUCCUCAUCUUGUUGGGUGACCGCAGAAAGCACAAUACUGGAAAAAAAAUAGGGUUUUUUAUUUGGGUUGCCUACUUGGGUGCUGAUUCUGUGGCAACUUUUGCCCUUGGCGUCCUCUCCAAAACUCAGCAAGGACAACGACAUACUCAAACAGAUGAACUCAGGGCCUUCUGGGCUCCAUUUCUUUUGUUGCACCUUGGUGGCCCAGAUACUAUCACUGCCUAUGCAUUAGAAGAUAAUGAACUGUGGCUGAGGCACUUGCUUGCACUACUUAUCCAAGUGAGUGUGGCAUUUUAUGUGAUCUUCAGGUCUUGGACUCGAACUCCAAUCUCAGUUCUUACAAUCUUAAUGUUUUUCACCGGGAUUAUCAAGUAUGGGGAGAGGACAUUGGCUCUUAGGUGGGCAAGCAAGGAGCACUUCAGAAAAUCUAUGCUCAGUGAGAGUCCCCCUGAUCCAGGCCCCAAUUAUGCCAAAUUCAUGGAGGGUUAUGUUUCUAAGCAAGAGGAAGGGUUCGUAGUGGACGUAGUAAGGAUUUCUGAAGAUCGACUGAAAUUGAAAAAGGGUCAAUCCUAUAGCCUUCACCAUCAAAUCCCUAUAGGAGGCGAAAUCAAUGCUAGUGAACCAGCAGAAAAUCAUAUUUUGGAAAAAAAAGCACAUCACCUGUUUAAGACAUUCAAACGUCUUUAUGCGGGUCUCAUACUCAAGUACUGGGAAGGAGAGGAGAGCAAACAAUUUAUCAAACAAAGUACACCAGAGAAAGCUUUCGAAGUGGUCGAGAUUGAACUUGGGUUCAUGUUUGAUUUGCUUUAUACCAAGAUGCCCUUAGUUUGCACUCGUGAAGGAGCCAAACUUCGAUUAUUCUGUUUCUGUCUGACCAUCUGUGUGUUUGUUUCCUUCUUCACAACAGUUGAGAAUCCGAAGCACCGGCCCCACUACUCUAACGUUGACAUAUUCAUUACAUACCUAUUGCUCAAUUCGGCCAUUCUCUUGGAACUUUAUGGUUUCAUUAUUCUUUUAUCCUCAGAUAGGAUGAUACUCUGGCUAAGCAAGCACAAGCACAAGCACAAGAUGGCAUCUAUGGCUUAUUUCCUCAUGAAACCUCUACAGCGCAAGAAAAGGUGGUCUAAUUCCAUGGGACAAUACAAUGUAAUAAGUUCUUGCCUCAAAGACGAAGCUACAACAUUUAGUAUUAUGACACUUACCAGGCUCUGCAAUGAUCAGGAAAUGUUGGAUACGUAUUGGUAUACAUUUUCUAACACAUUCCUCCUGAGGUGAAAGAAUUAGUAUUUGAACAACUCAAGAGGAAGUUACAAGAAAACCAGACGAA